AUGGCUCGAAGAGGUGGUGUAAAGAUAUUUUAUUCUGAUAACGCUAAGACUUUUCGAAGCUCAUGUGAAAUCCUUAAGCAGUUCAAAAACAUAAUAAGACAGCCCGAGCUGAAGAGUUUUAUUGCUUCUGAAGGUAUAUCCUGGAAGUUUAUUCCGGAGCAUUCUCCAUGGUGGGGAGGCUUCUGGGAGCGAUUGAUGCGAAGUAUUAAAGAACCCCUGAGAAAGACACUUGGAAGAGCAUUGUUGACUUUGGAGGAAUUGUCAACUGUCCUCACAGAGAUGGAAUGCGUGAUCAACAAUCGACCGAUUACGUACGAAAGUGAUGAGUUGGAUGAACCAAGAGCUCUUGCGCCUUCACAUUUCUUGCUUCCUGGACAGCGAGAACCUGGACUUGUACCAGAAUAUUUUUUGGACUUGUUUGAAUCUGCAUCGGAUCGUAUGACCUUGAGCAGACGUAAACUUUUCCAGACUAGACUUUUGAAGGAACUUUGGCUUAAAUGGAAGGAACAGUAUUUGUUAAUGCUAAAGAGUGCGCAUAAUCUUGCGAAUCCAUCGUCUUACCAAAAUCUAAAAAUUGGAGAUAUCGUCUUGGUUGAAGGUGCAUCUAAAUCAAAAUUGCUCUGGGAGAUGGGAGUGAUACAAGAGCUAAUCAUGGGAAGAGAUGGACUUGUGCGAGCAUGCAUAGUGAAAACGUCAAAGGGUAAAUUGAGAAGAUCAGUCCAGUUGUUGUACCCUUUAGAAAUGUAGUAUUUAAAUUUCAGUUGAUUUGUUUGUUGUGAAUUGUGCUCUAUUAUUAUUGCAUAUAUUUGUGUAGUUGGUUUUAUGUAUUGUUUACUUAUAUUUCGAUUGUGUAAAAAAUUUAAUUGAAUGUUGUUAAUAUUUAUGUGAAAUUUAAUUCUGAAUGUAUCUUAUAGAGGAAAGUGUACACUGUCAUGUACAGGUGGGGAGGAUGUUGAGAAAUGAGCCACUAGAGCGCACCACUUGGCACGCUAGAGGGCGCUGCUGUUUAUGGAAAUAUAGAUAUAAAUGCAGUGGUUGCGAGAGAGGCUUGUGUUUCGGCUUGUCCUCCACAUCUAUGGUUAGUUGAUUAGAGUUUGAUGUGUUGUGU